GUCGCGUGACGCCUGGCGGAAAACGCGCAAAGCUUUCACGAGACACGCGGCCAGCGACUUGAUAUAGGAAGAAGAAUAGGAAUUCGAGAGGUUAUGCGAGUUUGGUUUACAUGAAGUAUCAGAAGUCAUGCUGAAACGAGUACGAGCGGCUUGGCGGCCGCUAAGAUCGCUCGCGCGUCAGCAGAGACUCGUGUCUACGGAAGCGGUCGCCGAACAGAAAUCGACAAGCAAAGCGAUGAAGGCGUACCUCGAGAGGGCGCGGGAGCACGACGAGUUCAUGACGGAGCGCCGCCACGAGUUCCAAAUCGGUAAACGACACUUGGCCAACAUGAUGGGCGAGGACCCCGAGACUUUCACGCAAGAAGACAUCGACAGGGCCAUCGAAUACUUGUUCCCGAGCGGGCUGUUUGAGAAAAAAGCGCGGCCCAUAAUGAAGCCCCCCGAGGAGAUAUUUCCACAGAGGAAGGCGGCCGAAUUCGACGAGACCGGCCGCCCGCACCAUUUCCUGUUUUAUACCGGCCGACCUCAUCUCUACCAGUUGUUGCACGACAUCGUGCGCAAAAUAAACGAACUGAACAAGUUUGAAGACGCCAUGGUCAGCAAAGGCCUGAGCCCCGAUCCCAACCUGGCGCUGCAAUCUGUGGGCUUCGAGUGGGUCUCCAAAGUCCAUUUGGAAAAUGCGCUGAUGGAAUCUCUCUCGGACCGCGACUACAAUACGUUUGUCAACGCGAUACAGCGUCUGAGCAGCCUGCCAUACGCUUACAAAGAGAAAGAAUUUAUCAUGGGCUAUAAAAAGGCCCUGCUCGAACAAAUCAAGCUCGACGAGAUACCGAAACCGCAACUCGAUGAGGAUGGCCGCGAGUUCAUCUCGGUUUACGAAUGUCGCAGGAAGUCAUCGAUCGGCAACGUGACGCUGUGGAAACCGGGCACAGGCAAAAUCACGAUCAACGGCGAGGACAUAACCUAUUUUCGGGAGGUGCAGUCCAGGGAGCAGCUGCUGUUUCCGCUGAUAUUCACCGACAUGUUAGACAAAGUGGACGUCGUGUGCCACGUGGAGAAAGGCGGAUGGUCGUCGCAAGCCGGCGCUUUGAGGUGGGGCAUCGCGACAGCGCUGAGGAGCUUCCUGGACGGCGACUCGAUCGAGAGAAUGCGCGUGGCGGGGUUGCUGACGAAGGACUUCCGGACCAGGGAGAGGAAAAAGCCGGGCCAGGCGGGCGCCAGACGCAAGUUCACGUGGAAGAAACGUUAAGUGUUAAGUUUUAGGAGGAAGAUAAAUAAAAUUUUCGAUUUUAUCCG